AUGGUUUCAUGUAUAAGGUUUAUCAUCAUUUGCAUUUUUCUUCAAAUACGGCUUAUCUUUGGGUUGGGUUUAACUUAUUGUUCAGGUUCAAAUACAGGUUCAGAAGUUGCAAAUUCAAGUAUAUGGCAAUCUAAUGGUCUUUGUCAUGAUAAAUGUAAUGGAUAUGCAUUAGCAAUUGUUCAUUAUCAAGAUUGUUGGUGCUCAGAUUAUUUACCUGCAGAUACUGUGAGUACAAAUCAAUGUAAUAUGAACUGUCCUGGUUUCCCAAGUGAAAAAUGUGGUGGUGAUGAUUUAUAUGGUUAUAUUUAUUUGAAUGAACCAAAGGGAACAAUUGGAGCUAGUUCAAGUUCUACUCAACAAAGUUCCUCUACAACCACAUUAUCAAGUUCAACCUCAACCUCAACCACUUCUUCUUCAACUAGUUCAUCUUCAACAUCAACAUCAACUACAAGCUCAAGUACUUGGUCACCAACUACAAGUUCAACAUCUACUUCAACAACAUCAUCAAGUACAUGGUCACCACCUUCAACUACUUCAAGUACUUCAACAUCAUCAAGUUCAAGCUCAACAAGUUCAAGUUCAAGUUCAACUUGGCCAACUACAACAUCAACAUCCUCAUCAACAUGGAGCCCAAGUAGCUCUUCAACUUCAUCAUCCUCAUCUAUAUAUGUUUGGAGUACAAGUUCCACUUCAUCAUCUACUUCCUCAACAUGGAGUCCAAGCUCUUCAUCAACAAGUUCAAGCUCCUCAUCAAGUACAAGCUCAUCAAGCACAAGCUCUUCCUCAAGUACAAGUUCAUCAAGUACAUAUUCAUCAAGUUCAUUAAUCCCAAGAACAACAUCAACAACUUCAAGCUCAUCAACAACUCAAAGCUCAUCAAGUUCAACCAUUUCAUCAUCAUCUUCUAGUAUUACACCAACACAAAUCGUGACAUCCAUCAUAUAUAGUGUUUCUACAAUUUCAGGAGGUCAAUCAACUCAAUACAUCACAACAGUAAGCUCAGAUAGUGCUUCAUUACCUCAUGCUACUGGUGCAAAUAGAGACCCAAAUAAUAAGGAGAAAGAAGAUGAUGAUCAUUCAUUCUUCCAUGAUAAAGGUAAGGUUGCAGGUGUUUUCACAGCAGUUGGUGUUGUUGGUACAAUUUUCCUCGUAUUAUUAAGUUAUCUAUUGAUGAAAUGUUGUUUCCUAAAGAGAAAAGAUGAUGAUUACGACGAUGAAGAUGUUGUUGGUGUUGAAGGUUAUAGACGUGGAGCUGAACCAAAUGGGAAAUAUACUUAUCCAAUAGUUACAAGAACAAAUAUCUUGGAUGAUGAUUCUUCAAGUACAGAUGAUACUGUGUUCAAUGAAAAAACCAAUUCAGGAAAUGUUACAAGACAGGGCAGUUUAGCUCAUAGAAAUGACAGUUUGAAUGGUGGUUCUGGUAAUGGACAUCGUAAGAAUUUGAGUAUUAUGAGUUCAGAUUUUGGUACACCAAUUAUUGAUAAUCAUGGAGAUUCAACUUAUGUUGAUCAAAGGUUAGAUGCUAGAACUUUUAGUCAUAUCCAUGAGCAAGAUGAAGUAUUGUCAUUGAAUGACAACGAGGAUUAUUCUAGAAGGGUUUCAGGAUGGAGAGUAACCAAUUAG